AUGGCGGCAUCUAUCAUCACGCCGGGUGAGAUCCCGACAGCAACUCCCGAACAACUCUCGCCCAUCCUUCUGCGACUUCUUGAGUGUCCCAAGGAGCUUCUGCCUGACCUCGCAUCCCAAUCCGCUGCUGCUAUCGCCGAUCUGCCUGAGGACGCACGCCCAGAAUCGUACGAAGGCCUGCUUGAUGUCGCUCGCUUUUGUGUAGAGGAUGAACCCGGAUGGGAGGUGGAUCGUCGCGCCAAGUUCAUCGGUGGUCAUCCAAGGAUCGGCGCGCCUCUGAACGCGCCUACUUCGGAACUCAGCGAGGAGAGUCGCAAGGAACAGAUGAAGGGUGGCCAAGUGGAUCCUGCUACGCUCCAGAGACUUGCCAGACUCAACGCCAUCUACGAGGCCAAGUUCCCCGGUCUGCGCUUCGUCACCUACGUUGCCGGUCGUUCAAGAGCUGCUGUUGCCGAUGAGAUUGCUUCGCUGCUCGGUGACAAGGUCGCGGCACUCAAAGACGCUAACGAACUUUCCCACGAAGAGGUGCGUGCACAAGAGACCGAAGAGUGGCAAGCCGAGCUCAAUCGAGCUUCGGACGCACUCUGGGAAAUCGCCGUCGACCGUGCUGGCAAGUUAACGGCCCAAACAGAAACUGGAGGCGACGGCCAGUCCGCCCAAUCCAAAAAUGAAGACGGUGAGGAUACAACCCCAGCUUCUGAGCCGUCCAAGGCGUCUUCCAGGACCGCGGACGGCCCAGUCGCACAACAAGACAAAACCAUCGGUCAGCAUGUACCCUUCUUAUCACUACCCUCCUUUCGCAUGCUUGUCCUCUCUUCUCCGGUGCUCGAAUCUUUCUUCAAAUCCGACCUCACCGAUUCCUUUUACCUCGAUCCCGUCGAGCGAUCGCAGAGCGGCGGCGCUUACGCUUGGCAUACCGCGCCCAGUCUACCCGGAGCACCAAGGGCAGUGCCCGGAGCAAGCAAGGAGAGCAGCUGGGCAACAAGCGAAGCCACAUAUAGUCGCGACGUCACUACGGGUGCGCGCGGAAAAGUGGUUGGAUUCUUGGGUAACUUGUUAGGCGAGGAGGGAAAAGCAAAGAUGAAUCAGCUGGCGGAUCAGGUCGGUCAGAGGUUACAGACGCACACAGUUACAGGGCCAAGGCCCUCUUUCGGACGUCAUUCGACAUUAGAUGGAGGCCGGAUGGAUACACAGGAGUUGCGAGAUAAGGAGGCCGAGGAGAGGCGCAGAGCGGCUGAGGAGAGAAAAUCGACGCUUGGUAAUCGCUUGUUCAACGCAUUACGUGCGACUGCGCGCACCCCAUCCACACAAGAUCUCAGAGGCGCUGCUGCGUUGGCCGACACAUCAUCACCCUCAGAAUUGCAAGUGGAACGAGGUCGCACCACCGAAAAGCUGGCAUCUUUUGGCACAAUGUCCAAAGAGGACAAGCGUAUCAGUCUGAGAGGAAGCGAUCUAUCGACAGCAGGACCCAAAGCUGCAGCGGAGGCGUUGCGUGCUGCGCAGGAGGCGCUGCUACAAGAACGUCCUGCCUUUGUCAUCGACGAGGUGGGCGAAGACGAGGGCGAAGAGGGGCUCGAGAAUGCGGCCGAUGUAGAAGAGCUCGGCGAUGUGGUAGAGGACGCCCAGGACGCUCAGGAAGCGCAAGGUUUGCUGAGCGGUCUCGAGGCGCAAGCUGCCAAGGAGCUUCGUACGGCGCCUGCUCAAUGA